UUUAGAGAAGACGACAGAAGACAUGGAGGAUCUCAAUCCAAUGGUGCAGAGUUGUGGAUAUAACGUUUGCCAAGAGUGUUCCUUCACGCACAUUGAGUUUAUUCGGAUGAUUUCGAAUGAAGAGUUGGCACGAGAAUUCCUUAUGAAGCAUGGGGCAUUAUCGUGUCACUCUUUGUGCGAAACGUGCGGAUCGAGAGUUCGAUCCGAUUUUGAAAGAAAUCAGUAUAGAUGCCGCAAAGUUGUUUUUGCAGCAAGAAGAGGAAACAGGAAAUGCGAAACUUCACGCAGUGUCUUUCAAGGGCAAUGGGUUCUUGGUGGAGUUGAAAGAGGGGAGCAAGGUGAAAAAGGCAAAGCAUUUCUAGUUCCUGUAGAGGAUCGUUCCUCCGAAACAUUAAUCGGUAUCAUUAAACGUUAUGUGAAACCCGGCACAACGAUUAUGACCGAUUGCUGGAGGGGGUAUGAUGCUCUAGAGACUGAGGGUUUCCGCCAUUUUACCGUGAACCACUCUUUGAACUUCGUUGAUCCAGAAACUGGUGCUUACACGCAGACCAUUGAGAGACUCUGGGUAGAAGUUCGUCGAAAUGUUCCCAAGGCUGGAUUCAGGCAAGAGCAUCUUUGGGGUUAUCUAUCUGAUGUUCUGUUUCGUCGGAUGGAACCUUGCUACGGUCGUCGAAGGCACAUGUUCUGGAAGGCGGCCGCAACUCUGUACUCUCCAGAGCAUCCUCUGGCAUAAGGUAAAUGCAAUAAUUUCUUCAU